GCAACCAAACAGAGCACCAGUAUUUUACAUACGAUAAUUGACAAUGAUCGGAGCAAAUCUUCGUUCUGAUCGAACGGUCCUCGUUCCACCGUGGCCGAGCUACGAUGAUAAUACCACGGGAGAAGUUUACUCUCCCCUCAAAUAUGAUUCUGCGGGCAGCCCGUUUUACAUCCAGGAAGAAUUAGCUGAAUUACAACGUUACUUGCCGUCGAACGAACCGGAUUUCCGAUUGGAUUCCGAGCUCCCGGGUCUGAGAAACCCGGAUUCUCCGGUUAAUGCUAGCUCGUGCGACCAUUUCAGGAUGUUCGAGUUCAAAGUAAGGAGAUGUGCACGUGGCAAGUCACACGACUGGGUUGAAUGUCCUUACGCUCAUCCUGGUGAAAAAGCUCGCCGGAGAGACCCGAUGAAGUAUAAUUACUCUUGUAAUCCUUGCGCUGAUUUUAGGAAAGGGAGCUGCUGGAAGGGUGACUCUUGCGAGUUCGCUCAUGGCGUUUUUGAGUGCUGGUUACAUCCGGAUCGUUACCGGACUCAAUUAUGCAAAGACGGGUUCGGUUGUAAGCGUCGUGUUUGUUUCUUCGCUCACUCUCCAGACCAGCUCAGGGUCGUGGAAUCAGCCGAUCCAUAUGAUGGUUCCCGUCCACCUUCUCGUGCAAAAACGCUACCUUUUUCGCCUCCGGUGAGUCCUCUUGUUGAGUCAUCACCGCCUGUUUCGCCUAUGUCCGGGUCACUGAGUCGAUCAGCUUACAUGAACGAGAUGGUAGCUUCUUUAAGGAACUUGAAACUUUGUAGUCAGCCUUUAACUUCUUGGAACACACAAGUAGGGUGCUAUUCUCCUCCUCCUCCUCCUGGGUUCGGGUCUCCGAGAGCGGCGGCGAUCCGACCUGGCUUCUGUAGCCUUCCUAAUACUCCUACUCCAGGGAUUGGGUACUCGGACAUAUGGGAUAAAGCGUGUGAAGAAGAGCCAGUGGCAGAGCGAGUCGAGUCUGGGAGGAAUAUACGUGCCAUGAUGUUCGAGAAACUGAGUAAAGAGAAUUCCUUGGUCAGGGAUUGAUUCAGGUGAACAUCUGGUCGGUUUUGUUGAUUUCUGAUUGAUUUUUGAAAAUUAUUCUCCUUGUUAAAAGCAUCUGAGAAGAAAAUAUGGAGGAUGGAGGAUUUGAUGUAAAUCUUUUGUUAAUUACUUUUCUUACAAGUGAUACGAGGAUGGAGGAUUUGAUGUAAAUCUCAACAUUUGGGGACCGACGAUGUAAUUUACUCUUUUAAUAAUCCAUAGUAAUGAAGAGAUAAGCUUUUGUUCGA